AUGGAGGCCGACUGCUUUUUUUAUAAACUUCAGGAAACAAGAUUAAAUCUUGGACUAUCAUGCGUUAUUGCUUGCGGAUCAUUUAUUCCAAACUCUACUAAUGAAUCGACUGGCAUUCCAUGCACAAUUUCUUGUGUCUCCCGACUAAUUGAUCUCAGACGUCUUCGUCAUCCGAAUAUUGCGCGCUAUCUGGAUGCCCAAUGUGACAAACAUCGACGGAUUUACCUUGUUACUGAAUAUUAUUGCUCUAAUUUCAGCCAAUUGAACCCUCCUGUUAAGUCGGAAUCCGAUUUUAACUGGAUUGCUAAGAGAUUUCAGGAGUGUCUACAGGGUCUUUUAUAUUUGGAAUCAAAUGGGAUCGUUUCGGGUAACCUGAACCCAAUGUCUCUUCUCAUUGACAGUAAUGGAACCGUCAAAAUCGCAAACUAUGGAACAUUUUACGCGUCCAGAUGGGGUUUAGAUUUGGACUUUCCUGUUAUCGAUUUAAGAUAUUCCGCCCCCGAAGCUUUACUCUAUGCAGAGUCAUGCACAAAACAAUCUUUAAAUAGCUCAAUCACUGAACCUUCAUGCCCCCUCGAUUCCCGUUCUGAUCUCUGGACUAUCGCCUUAAUUUUUACCGAAAUUGUUCAUUUUCCGUUACAAUCAUUCGGUCCCAAUGUUCCUAUCCAAUCUCUUUCCAAAUCCUUGAAUACAACUCACUCGUUUUUUGAUGACAUCAUCCUAUCAGAUCAAACCAUUCCACCACAGCUCAAUGAGAAGGUGGUAAAAUUAGACUCUGUUUUUCGAGUGUGUUUAACUCUUGAUGCUCGUAUGCGGCCAUGUUUAAGUGAAGUUGAUAAGCGAUUUUCGGCGCUAUUCAAUGAUUUGGAGAUCGCUUCCUUUGACAAUUCCUAUGAGAGUUUAGAGCGUAAAAAGGAAUUUGGAGAAGACUUUGAAAAGGCACUUAAGUUUUUGCGCUCUAGAGAUGAUCCAGCUGAGUGCUAUUACUACUGGCAGCUAGCUGGUGGCGGUAUAGAUUUAGCAGCAGCAUUUCUGAAAGGAGUGAACGGCAACGAUUAUCUUCGUCCACCUAUUCUCCGUCUUCCCACAUACUUGACUCUGUCUCCUUCACAAGGAGGUCAUAUUGAGGUCUGGUCACAGGAUAAUCCACCCACUCAGCUUAAGUACUGUCCAACUAUUGUGCCCCUUCCUGCAGAACGCCUUCUCAAGCGAUUGAGCCUCAUGUCGACGCGGUCUCUUUACCCAGUCCUGUUUCCACAUACCUACUCCUGUUUCGACAAGCAUACACCUAUAGAGAGCUUGAAAUUGUCAGGUCUUGAGAAAUGCUGGAACCUUGAGUUGACACCUUCUCAUUUACCUAAGCACGAAUUAAUUGUUGCUCAGACAUGUGAUGCAAUGGCUUUUCAGCCCAUCUUGGUGAAACAGGCGGAUGUGGAGUAUCAAGUGAUGCGAGUUUGUUUGAUUCGGCGUCUUUUGCGUGGAAUGCCGUCCACUGCUACGAGGCUGUUGUUAGAGGCCAGAUUCGACAUACCACCUUUUCUCAGGGCUGAAGGAAUGGAUUCACUAGCCGCUGUUUUCACUCGACUCUUCUUUUUCGAUCCAACUUCUGCUACUCAUUGUCUUGCAAACCUCCUCACUUCACCACGCUUGGUAAAUUUCUUCACCAGACGUCGAUUUACAACUGGUUUGCAAGCUUACUUCUCUACUCUUCUUCGUCUUCUUGCUUUUCACGUGCCUUCUGUGGCCGCUCAUUUUGCUCGACUUGGUGUUCCGCUCACUGGACUCACUGCUGGGUGGAUUUACACCCUAUUUGCCCACUCUAUGCCCCUCGAUCGAACGGAGAUUCUUUGGGAUCGUCUUUUGGCUUCUCCUUCUCCUCUCCCCAUGCUAGUCUAUGUGGCCAUAUUUCAUCAAGUCAAUCAGCAGUAUCGACUUUUGAAAUUGAACCAGGAGAGCAUCUGUACUCUGCUGUCCAACUUUCCUGACUUCAAUUUGGAUCAGUGUUUAGAGGAUGCGUUGAUGUUCGCAGCGGCCACUCCAUUUAGUUUGACAGCGACCUCCCAGCAGCAACUUCAACAGGAGGAAAGAUUUCAAUGUGGUGAAGGUCAUGAUAAUAGCUGGAUUAAUCAUCUUACUCGAUCACUGCAACAUUUCAAUCAGACUCAUACCAAGAUGUUGUCGACUUAUACUGAAUUGAAUAUGAGUGUCAAUGGUUCGAAGGAUCAACGUGGACACUGCUUGAACUGUCUUUUGCCCUGGCCAACCAAUAUGGACGCAAUUGCACCAACUUCUUCAUCUAUUAAUGAAGGACACACUAAUGAUGUUCCAGAUCAACAGCAGACUCCUGCUCCUUCCCCCAGUGUCGCCUCCAAUCGAAGUGAUAUCGACUAUCGACGAAUCAAUUCCAGCUUGGUGCCGCUUAUCGAUCCUGCUGAUGCACUUCAACAGCUAUCGAGAACGGAUGUGGUCUUGGUGGAUAUGCGGAGCAAGGAGGACUAUACCAGAGGAUGUCUUAUGCAGUCCAUCCAUUACACAUUCACCGAUGAAUUCGAAGUUGGUGUACUCUGCCUCACAAGCAAUCAGGUGUGGCUUGAAGCCACCAUUGUUCGCAAUUCCACCAAUCCUCGUGGCACCACAAAUAAUGUCUUAUCUCCCGGUCUGGUGAUGAUUCUCCAAAGAUCCACCAACUCUGCUGACGAAAUCCAUGAUGCUGCAUCUAGUCUUGCCUGCUGCCUCAUCCAACACGCCAUCGAUCGUGUCUGUGUCAUUAGAGGUGGCACUAGGGCUCUCUUCUCUCUUCCUCAAAUCACUGAUUACUUUGUAUCGCCUCGUACAUAG